AUUUUAGCGUGCGAAAACACGUAACAGAAGCCUGAUUCCAGUCGCACUUCCGCUUUUAGGUGCCGGAUGUACCGCGCUGGAGCGCUUUCUGAGAGAUAGCAAACAGACAGCGGGUGGUUGUAAUGUUUUACAUUUCAUCGGUAUAUAUUUUAAGAUCUUUGUAGGGAUUAUUAUCGGUCCGCGCGUGUGUAAUUAGCGCCGCAGGCCCACAGCGGGCGACUCCUCGCGCAGGGGUGGUUCGAUGGCGUGGUGGUCAUCCCGCUCGCUCUGAUUGGUCACUUGCCCCGGUAUGGCCGCGCGACGCGCUUGCUGGGUGGUCCGAGCCGUGGGGUCCUCCGUGGGCUCGUCCGCCUGGAGUCCGCAUUUGGCGUGCAGUAGGGUCGCAGCUAAUCCUGCCAGACGUCUCUUCGGUGUGUUUGGGGAAGCAGGAACUCAGGGCAGGAUGCCAGCAGUGAACAUGGAGAAGCUGGAUCCCAAGCAGGUGCAGCUGCUGUCUGAGAUGUGCAUCCUGACCGAUGGGGACGAUCGCAGGAUCGGCGCUGACACGAAGAAGAACUGCCACCUCAACUCCAAUAUUGAUAAAGGCUUAUUGCAUCGGGCCUUUAGCGUGUUCCUGUUCAACAGUGAAGAAAAACUUCUCCUGCAGCAACGGUCCGAUGCCAAGAUCACUUUUCCAGGUUGUUUUACCAACACCUGCUGCAGUCACCCCCUUCAUACAUCAAUGGAGCUAGAAGAGCAGGACGCCAUUGGGGUGAGGCGUGCUGCACAGAGGCGUCUCCAGCUGGAGCUGGGCAUCCCUACGGAACAGGCAACCCCUGAGGAGAUGAUCUAUCUGACCCGCAUACACUACAAGGCGCAGUCAGAUGGGAUCUGGGGCGAGCACGAGAUCGACUACAUCCUGGUCAUGCAGAAGGACGUCGAGCUGAGUCCAGACCCCAACGAGAUCAAAAGCCACUGUUACGUCACAAAGGAGGAGCUCAAAGACAUGCUGAGGAGGGCCGAGAAGGGCGAGCUGAAGAUCACGCCCUGGUUCGGCCUCAUCGCCGAAACGUUCCUCUUCCAGUGGUGGGACAAUCUUCACAGUCUCAAGAAGUUCAUGGAUCACGAGAGGAUCCAUCGAAUGUGAGCUGACAGUGACAGACAGCUGGACGCACAGUGUGCUUCAUAGCUCAAUCCUCUUCGUUUUCAGCCUAUUAGCUUUUGAAAAUGACAAGAAUAAAUACAUUAACAAAUGUCUAUUUUUCUAGAUGUUCUUUUUAUCACAUUGUAUAGAGGUAUUGAAGUCCAUGUGUAGUGGAAAAAUUCCCAUCACAAUGUGCUUUUAAUUUAAAUGGAUAAAAAUUAAGUUUUGUGCAACAAUAUAAAUAAAUCC